UCCUGCAUUUUAAAACUGAAUUAAACUUUGUCCCUUCUUCUCUUCUCAAUUAAUCAAUCAAGUAACCAACCUUUCGAGGAUCUCAAGGGCCUUAAACCUUCGAUGCCUCCAAAGCUCUCCUCUUUUCCUCUCUCUCUUUAGAAAUUUCAACUCCUUAUUAAAACAGAGCAAUUGAAACGUACCAUUUUGAAACAGAGCACCUGCAACAACCCCUUUCUUAAUCUUAAUUCAAUAAUGGCAGCCCUUUCUUCAUCAACUUGUUAUUCAUCUUCGUCAUCAUCCUCACUCUAUUCUCCUUCUUCUUCUUCAUCUGGGAAUUAUGUACGCAGUGUAUCAAUUUCUUCAGUAUCUAAGAGAUUCUUACCUAAGAAGAUCUCUUUAUCAUCACCUCGAUAUUGGAAUGUUGUCAACAUGCAAGAUGGUGCAGUGACUGCUAAAACAACACCAUUACUUGAAAAUGUAAUUCCUGUCAAGGAGGAAAAAGCGAAAGUGGGUGGUUUAUCAGUGGAAGAAGAAAUACUUAAUGUUGUUGGUUCAAUUCCCGAUGAAAAUGAGACAGUUAGUAUCACUGUAGUUGGAGCUUCAGGUGACCUUGCUAAGAAGAAGAUAUUUCCUGCCCUUUUCGCACUUUAUUACGAAGAUUGUUUACCCAAGCAUUUCACUGUGUUCGGAUAUGCUCGGAGUAAGAUGACUGAUGAGGAACUACGAGACAUGGUUAGCAGGACUCUUACUUGCAGAAUUGAUAAAAGGGAGAACUGUAGUGAAAAGAUGGAGCAGUUCUUAGCAAGAUGCUUCUACCAUUCUGGUCAGUAUGACUCGGAGAACAAUUUCAAGGAGCUAGACAAGAAGCUGAAGGAGCAUGAGGGUGCAAGGGUUUCAAACCGUCUUUUCUAUCUAUCGAUCCCUCCAAAUAUAUUUAUAAAUGUUGUAAAAUCUGCAAGCUGCUCAGCAUCUUCAUCUAAUGGCUGGACUAGGGUCAUUGUUGAGAAGCCCUUCGGCCGAGACUCUGAAUCCUCUGCUGCUUUAACAAGAGGCUUAAAGGAGUACUUAGUGGAGGAUCAAAUUUUCAGAAUUGAUCACUAUUUGGGGAAGGAACUAGUGGAAAACCUUUCUGUUCUUCGUUUCUCCAAUCUUAUCUUUGAACCUUUAUGGUCAAGACAAUACAUAAGGAAUGUUCAAUUUAUCUUCUCAGAAGACUUCGGUACUGAAGGACGAGGAGGGUACUUCGACAGUUAUGGUAUUAUAAGAGACAUUAUGCAGAACCAUCUGCUUCAAAUAUUAGCCCUUUUCGCCAUGGAGACUCCUGUCAGUUUGGAUGCUGAAGACAUCAGAAAUGAAAAGGUAAAAGUUCUACGCUCAAUGAGGCCUUUGCAACUUGACAACGUGGUGGUUGGACAGUAUAAGAGUUGCACUAAGGGGGGUAUUAACUAUCCAGGCUACACAGAUGAUGAGACAGUACCUAAAAAUAGCAUAACCCCGACAUUUGCAGCGGCUGCACUCUUUAUAGAUAAUGCCAGAUGGGAUGGAGUUCCCUUUUUAAUGAAAGCUGGGAAAGCCUUACAUACUAGAAGAGCAGAGAUCAGGGUACAGUUCAGGCAUGUUCCUGGUAAUUUGUACAAGAAGAAUUUUGGAAUGGACCUGGACCGAGCAACAAAUGAACUUGUCAUCAGAGUGCAGCCUGAUGAAGCUAUUUACUUGAAAAUCAACAACAAAGUCCCUGGUUUGGGCAUGAAGUUGGACCGCAGUAAUCUAAACCUUCAUUAUGCAGCAAGAUACUCCAAGGAGAUUCCAGAUGCUUACGAGAGACUGUUACUUGAUGCAAUUGAAGGAGAACGACGUUUGUUCAUCAGGAGUGACGAACUGGAUGCUGCAUGGGCCCUCUUCACACCUCUGCUGAAAGAGCUAGAGGAGAAGAAGAUAGUCCCUGAGUUGUAUCCUUAUGGUAGUCGAGGACCUGUUGGCGCUCAUUAUCUUUCAGCUAAGUAUAAUGUUCGAUGGGGUGAUAUCAGUAGUGCAGACUGCCAGAAUGAGUGAAUUAGUGGUUGAGGCCACAGCAUUUUUCAUACAAAGCACAGUAAGAAGUUAUACUCACAACGUUCGACAAGGGAAAAGUGGAAUGAGAAUACAGUUUUUACAGGUUGAACUUUCUCUACAAAAUGGAGAUUGGUGGUGUUAUUAAAGGUGUAGCCGAAGAUAAUUUACUGAAGAAUAGAGAAUAGAGAACUAAAUGUUCUCUUCAGAUAUGUAACCGGCCGGUGGCUCGAUCUCUUUCUCUGAAGGUUAUUGUUGUUGAAUUAUGUUGGUAGGCAAACAUGGGAAUGGAUAGAAAACUUUUUUUAGCUUUUUUUCUUUCUUCUUUAUAGCAGGUCCAACAAAGGGUACUUGCUUGGGUUAUUUGGAGCCACCAAGAAUAAAUUUGAGUAGUUGUUUUUUCUGUCA